UUGAUGGAGCAGGACAAAGGUUUUGUUCUUCUCCCAACAGUGCAGCCUUGUGCGGCCGCGGGCAGCGGCGACAGGCAGCAGCCAGCGCGGCCCCGUGCUCCCACGCCACGGUGCAGGGGGGGAGUUUCUCCUCCUUUGUCUGCUCCCGGCCAGGCAGCAGCCGGUGCGCGGCAGCGCCGGAGCAGCCGGGGAAGGGCCUCGGCAGGAGCCGCGGAGAACGGCGGCCGCGGUCCCCUCUGCCCCGGCACAGCCACCGGCCCGGCCUUGCCGCGCUGGGAACGAGCAGCGAUCCUGGGGGAGCCAAGCUCUUCAUGACGGGAACCCGAGCAGGCAGCGGGGACGGCAGCUGCGCCCGGGGACGGGGAGGACGGCAGCAUUGGGGACAAGGACACUCGCGCCCCGUCCCCACCCCCGGCGCCCGCCGUCGGCCAUGGGGAACGGCAUGAGCCAGAUCCUGCCUGGCCUCUACCUUGGGAACUUCGUUGAUGCCAAAGACCUGGAGCAGCUAAGCCGGAACAAGAUCACCCACAUUGUUUCAAUCCAUGAAUCCCCCCAGCCCUUGCUGAAGGACAUCACCUACCUCCGCAUUCCCCUGCCUGACACCCCUGAAGCCAACAUCAAGAGGCACUUCAAGGAAUGCAUCAGCUUUAUCCAUCAGUGUCGUCUGCAUGGAGGGAACUGUCUUGUCCACUGCCUUGCUGGCAUCUCCCGCAGUACCACGGUGGUCGUUGCCUACGUCAUGGUUGUCACGGAGCUGAGCUGCCAGGAGGUGCUGGAUGCCAUCCGAACCAUCCGGCCCGUCGCCAACCCCAACCCCGGCUUCAGGCAGCAGCUGUCUGAAUUCAGCGGCAGUGCAGCCCGCAAGGUCCGCAGGCACCUGAAGCAGAGGUAUGGGAUGUCUCCUUUCAAUGACGAGGAAGAAAUAAAGGCCUUGCUGCCAGCAGGGAGAGAAGGAACAUCCAGGACAGAGGGAGCUGUGCAAGGACUGGUCCCAAGAGCCAGAGACAUGAGGAGCACAAGUCCCUUCCUGCUGCGGGUGAAGAGGACGUUCUCCUGCAUCCCGGCUUGUCUGAACAGUGGAAAAAUUUUAAGAUCCGUUCCUCCCCCCUCCCCGCGCUUUGGGUCAGCCAGAACCUGCGGCGUGGGCCAGGAAAGGGAAAGUGAAAGCCGGAGCCGCUUUCGGUUUCGCCGCCGGGCCGCGAUGGCGGAGCCGGGGGCGCCCAUGCGGCUGAAGGAGUGGCUGAUCGCGCAGAUCGACAGCGGCCGGUACCCGGGGCUGCGCUGGGAGAACCGGCACCGAACGCUCUUCCGCAUCCCCUGGAAGCACGCGGCCAAGCAGGAUUACCGGCAGCAGGAGGAUGCUGCGCUCUUCAAGGCUUGGGCCGUCUACAAGGGGAAAUACCACGAAGGGACGGACAAGGCCGACCCCUCCACCUGGAAGACGCGGCUGCGCUGCGCCCUCAACAAGAGCACCGACUUCCAGGAGGUGCCCGAGCGGAGCCAGCUGGACAUCUCCGAGCCUUACAAGGUGUACCAGAUCGUGACUGACAGAGCCUGUGAUGCAGAGGACAGUGACACACAGUCCCCAGGCAGUGAGGACCAGCAGGGCAGCACUGCAGGCAGUCCAAAGGAGGAAAGCCAGAAGGACAUGCUGGACAGUGUCCACGUGCCUCCACAGCCCCGGCUCUCUGGCCACCCAACUGAGAGAGGGUUCCUUGUGAGGGGAGUCUUCUAUGGCUGGAACCCAACCCAUGGCCAGCUUCUUCCUGGACCCCAGUCCUACCUCCCUGUGGAGGAUGUCAACAAUUCAGACUGCUGGCUCCACAUCCGCCUGUACUACUGCGAUGUGCUGGUGAAGGAGGUGACCACCCGCACAGCCGAGGGCUGCCGCAUCACCACCAGCGCCGUGCCGGCCGACAGCGAGCACCUCUACGGCCCCUCCUGCAUGGAGCAGAUAAAGUUCCCCCCACCGCAAGUGCUCAGUGGCCAUGGCCAUGUGGCCUGCAUGACCGACGUGCUGGAGCGGCUCUUGCCCCACCUGGAGCGUGGGGUGCUGCUGUGGGUAGCACCUGAGGGGGUCUUCAUGAAGCGGCAGUGCCAGGGCAGGGUGUACUGGAACGGGCCGCUGGCCCCACACAAGAACUGGCCCAACAAGCUGGAGAGGGAGAAGACUUACAAGCUGCUGGACACACAGCAGUACAUACAGCAGGUGAGGGAGUACUUGAGCAAUGGGCAACUCAUACCUCAGUACCAGAUCUACCUGUGCUUCGGGGAGGAAUACCCCACCAGAGCUGGGCACCCCUUCCAGAAGCUCAUCAUGGCUCAUGUGGAGCCGGUGUUUGCACGGGAGCUCUUCCAUCAUGCCCAGCGCUUGAGGCCGAUGCUGCUCUGCAAUUCCCCCCAGGCCUGUGCCCCUGGCACCUCCAGCCACAUCUUCCAUGUCCUCAAACAGCUCUGCCAGCCCUGAAGUGGGUGGGAGAGGAGAGCCCAGUUGCCAUAAAGUCUCAGAGUGGGAGGCUCUGAGCCCCAUGGCCCCGCUCCAGCUGCAUGUCCCAAGGCAGAGUGCUCAGGAUGCUCAGUGUUCAGGACCAGACAAGGACAGAUGUUAGCUGGGGUGUGCAGGUACUGCUGCCCCUGUGAUUGCUGUAUUUAUUCCCUAGAAGUCCCCCAGGAGGGAUUUAUUGCGUGCCUAUUCAGCAAGCCAGGGCGGACCUGGCUCCAUUCUUGCACCUUGCGCUGCCAGGACUCACCAUUGCGAACCUUAGAAAUAAAGGUUAUGUUUUUGUA